CUUUGUUCACUGAAGCAUGUCGUUUGAACGUGCUGACCGGAUGUCGGACAUUCACUUUCUCUGCUUCAGAUUGUGACUGUCGUGCAGCGCUUAUUACUUUGGCUUCCCCUUCUCUUGCAGCGAAAGACACAACACCCGUGCAUGAAACGCUCCAGCUUUCAACAAGAAUUGCACUGCAAAAACCUAUCCAAGUCGCUGCGACAAUCAUUCGCAGACUCGAAAAAUGUCGCUUCCUACGAGAGCCGAGUACCUUCGAGGUCUCGUGCCAUUAGCCCUCCCAUUCCAGCCACCGAAUGUGGACGACGGAGAAGACGCUGAGUGUCCGAUAUGCAGGGUGCCAUACGAAGACGAACCGUCGACUCAAAUUGUGGAGACGGGUUGUGAACACAAAUUCUGCUAUGAUUGCUUGCUCAGCUGGAAUCAGGAGCACUCUAGCUGCCCUACAUGCCGCAAAGAGCUGUAUGAGCCGGGUUCGGGCGCUGAAGACUUUGUCGAUUUUCCCAUUGAGGCCAUGGGGACGAUAGAGGUGAUUGAAGAAGCAAUGGCCCUCCUGGAGUUCGGUGAAGAUCGUGUCGGGCACCAUCAUCUGGAUCUUGAACGCUCUCUUGAAGCACACAGCAUCCAAAGCAAUGUCCCGCAGGCCAGUGAGCAUGGAGCCGAGCGCACUGCUGCCGAAGGUGAUGCGUAUCCUCCCGUCAUCCUCGAGGCCGACUACCUUUGGGACAGGCUCAUCGACGAAAUCCGAAUGCUUCAUGAAUUCAACGAGUGGUGUGUCCUCGCAGAGAUACCAAUCGACCCGGAACCGUUGCCGGAACUACCAGCCUUUGUUCAAGAAAUGCUGGACUAUAAUGCUCGCUGCAGCUUCUCAUGCCAUGACGCUGGACUCACAUACCAGUUCGACCGCCUCUCAGUCCGUGGACAGCUCGCGGGCGAGGAUGCUCAGAACAGCCCUGCACACCCGCUGAACAUACUUGCGCAGAAAGCCCGAAGCGAUUUCAACUCUCCGGAGUGUGAGGGUAUCAUCACGACCAUUGCUUUCUCAGUCCGCCGUCGCGCCGAAGGUAUGAAUGAGGAGUUUGAUUUCCGCUUCCCUGGUCUAGGACCCGCAUCACCUACGGUUUAACAGCCUACAGAAUAGAAGGCCAGCUCUCCUCCAGCUCAACGGGAUGACGACGCAUUGGCUACCCCACUGAGUCGUUCGAACCUGAACUGAAUUUUGCGACAAGCAGCAUGGCCCAGACAGACGGCAUAUUGAUGGCUAUUCGACAUCGAAGACGAAUAAGAGCUUCGGCAACCCAAGCAAUGAAUGGCUUCCUCGCACUCGUUCACAAGCCUCAGAUCCCGUCUUACGCUGAUCACAGCACUCCAUGGGUAGUUUAGCAUCAGGAUAUCUAUUACAAGGUAUCAUUCAUGUCCAGAAUAA